UAUGAACAACUUGAAAUUAUGAUUUUCAUAUUAUAGGUACUACUGAAUUGUUUGAAGAGAAAAAAAAAAUCAAAUUUCUACCUGGUUUGACUACAUCAACAAAUACAACAUCAAUUGUUAAUAAACAUGAGUUUCCAGCCAAAGAGGAAUAUUCUUCUCAAGCAACCAAAAUAACUGAAACAAUAAGGAAUCUUUUCCAGCCCAAAACUCCCAUUACAUAUAGAACUGACCCUGCAUUAGAACCAGUUUAUGAAACAGAAGAUUUCCAAAAAUACCCACACCCACUAUAUCAUUCUCAUGAUUACCAAUAUUUUUGCGCAUAUUGUUUAAGCACUCAUCCAGAUUCAUCACACAAAUGUACCAAAGAUAUUCUUGCUUUUGCUAAAAAGGGAACAUCAAACUGGCUGAUUGUCAGAAAUAGACAAAAAUAUAUACAGUCUGGUUAUCACUUGUGUACAUCAGUCGUAAACAAAGACACGCCAUGUGCUAUAGGACAAGCAGGCUGUUAUUUUGCACACAAUAAUGUAGAGAAACUUCUUUGGAAUUUGGAAAAGGAUAAAAAGUUUUCUAUAAAUUCUUUGGUUUUAAAAGAUAGGACUGUGUCUUUUGGAUUUGUUUUUUCUCGACAUGGGAAUCAGUUUGAUUUCAUUUGCAAAGACUGUUUCAAAAGUGGUUCUAUGUCUGGUCAAAGUUCAGAAAAUACUUUGUAUUGUAAUUCUAAUUCUCAACAUCUUUGGGAAAAUUCAAAGAUUUUACAACAUACUUUAGAUUUGACCUUUACUCUUAUUAGAAAACCAUCUUCUUCCAAAAAUAAAGAUUAUAAACUUUGCCAGACACUUAAAUGUAAAAAGGAUAAUUGCAUUUAUGCUCAUAGUAUGGUUGAGAGAGAUGUCUGGAUGGUUUUACGUGAUCAAAAUGUUUCUAUGGAAGAUUUUGUGAGUUAUUGCAAGGCAGCAAAAACCAAACCACCUUAUAUGUUGAAUGAAUUUUGUAGAAUUUGUUACAGUACUGGAAAGAUGUUAACUCAUUCUCAGUGUCAACAUGAUAAGAUUCAUGGAUCAAUAUAUACCACCAAAACUAAUGAAAGGAGAAUAAUAAAUCAUUUACCUUCUGUAAUUCCUUCAAAAUACAACUUUCUCAUGUGUAAUUCUGCGAAAAAUAACAAGUGUACAAAACGAUCGUUCAUUGAAUGCACUUUUGCUCAUAACGACGAAGAAAUUGUAAUUUGGAAAUGGAUGUGUAACAACAAUGUAAAAACACUGGAAGAAUACGUUAGGUUGCAAAAUCAAUGUCAUCCAAAGUUAAAAUGUGGCAACUCACUUAACUCAAAUGAAACUAAAGUAACUAAAAAAGAAAAUAUUAACAUACCAUCAGUUUCACUAAAUAGGUUUAAAGAACUUGGAGGUUAUUCUUCAAUUGUCAAUAAGCUACCAGUAUCAAGAGAAAAUCCCAAAUUAACUCAUGAUAUAAAUGGUACACGUGGAAAUGCAUGUUUAGACUCAUCACCUGUACGGGCAAAAUCUGAAAAAAUACCAGAAUCUUCUACAAACCAAAUCAAGCCAAUUCUAGUGGAAUGUUGUAGCACUAUUAGUAAACCAUUAUACCAAAUGUUACCUGAUAUUAAGAUUACUAUGAACAUGACUUCAGCACUUUCUUCAGAAAGUAAGAAAUCUCCAUACCAAUGGUGUUUUGACAUUUUUUCUAAGAAGCACAAUCUACAGAAAAUUAAAAUAUUGACCAAAAAGAUUGGAGAAAAUUUUUUUCUAAUUCCUACUGCAAAAGCAAAUGACUCUAAUCCAGCAUAUUUAAAUAUGUUUAAAAUUGCUGAAGAUAAAUGGCAGGUGCCUGUUAUAUAUACUGGAGAUGCUUGUGAGACAUUUUCUGUGAAUGUUGUAUUUGAUUUUGGUAUAAAAUAUUUACUUUCUUAUCCAAUUGAUGUAAAGAUUAGCCCUGCUGAAAAUACUAAAGAUGUUAAGACUUGUUUAAAAGCAUCUACAAAUACUCAGUUAAAUGCUACUAAUCCAGUUGAUUUAAUGACUAAAUACAAAAUCCCUGAAAACUUAGUGUUGAAUGAACACAACACAGAAUUAACACUAAAGAAAGACAACUAUGUUGAAACGAUGCACACUUUACUUUAUGCAGAGGAAAUUGCUCGCAACACCAUCAUAUCAAGAUAUAAUUUUAGAUCUGAAAUGAAGAUUUCCAAUUAUAUUAAUGAUGCAAGUGGUACGUUUUUCACUGAUGUUGAUGGAUCAUUGUUUGGCAUUGUCAAUUUCUCUGCUUCACUCUUAUGUGGAGAUCAAGAUAAUUUGGUUUCCAAAAACUGUGAAAGUGUACUUCUUUUUUUGACAAGUAACAAAAAUAAAUUCUAUGAAAUCCCCAUCACCAUGAAAACAAACCCUCCAUUUUCUGGUCUUCAACAAAGCACUCUUUAUUUGACCUUUAAUAAACAGCAUGUAAUAAAUUUAAAACUUGAAAAUGGGAAUUCCCUUGAUGUAGAAAUUCAUUUCAAGUUAAACAGAAAAGGCUUUUUAAGGAUGCAUCACGCUAUAGAUAGUCUAAUAUCUACAGAAAUUGUUUUUCCAAACACUUGUACCAUCCCUUUGGAAAACGAAAACCAGGAUUACAGUGAUACACAUCUAAAUGAAGACCAAUUAUUUGCUGUAAAGCAUAUUCCUUGCAAAUGUACAGACGCUAGGCCUCCAUUUGUUAUAAUUGGUUCUUUUGGCACAGGUAAAACCGAAACAUUAUUUUCUUCAAUCACGAAAAUUGUGGAAAAUAAUUCUACUGCAAAAAUCCUUAUCUGUACACAUACAAACGGUGCUGCUGAUAUGUUUAUCAUCAAACAACUACAUAAAUUCCUAUCCAGAAACAAAAAAACACUCUACCUGAAACGUUUAUAUCAUGACAAAAGGAGAUGGGAAACUAUUGACCCAGUGGUACAAAAAUAUGUUAUUUUCCCAUCAAAAAAUCAAUUAAAAUCUGACAUGGUUGACCCUCAGUCUAUGCAGAUAUUAGUAACCACUAUGGAAAUGUGUCAUUGUUUGAUGACAAUGGAAAUUCAAGGUUGUUUCAGUCAUAUUUUUGUUGAUGAAGCUGCACAAGUUUUUGAGAGUAUGGUUCUGAUACCACUGAGUUUAGCUUCUGAGAAGACAUGUGUAGUGCUAUGUGGAGAUCCUAAUCAACUAGGACCAGAGGUGCAUAGUACUAAUGUGGCAAAAGACCUGUUAUCAAUAUCUAUUGUGAAACGUCUCUUUGAAUACUACAGAAAACAAGGGAAGAAAAAUAAAGUGAUGCAACACCCACCAUACAUUUUCCUGAAACAAAAUUAUCGUAGCUGUAAAGAAAUUGUUAAUUUCUUGGCUUAUUCUUUCUAUGGUCUUUCUCAUGAGAUGACUUCAAAAGUUGAAAAUCCUGUAAGUGACAUGAAAGCUUUGCAGUUUUACUCUGUAGAAGGCACUGCUGAAACUUUGCCCCAAAAUAUGUCAUAUUAUAAUAAGAUGGAGGCUGAGAAAGUACGAACUAUUGUGAAAGAUGUGAUGAAAUCUUGGCCAGAUGAAGAGGAAAAAUUGUUGCCAGAAGAGAUUUGUGUUGUUUCAAAUGAACAGAAUCAGGUUAAGCUGAUAAGAGAAUACUUAUUGAGAGAACGCAUCAAUAUAAAUAAUGUUAUCAGUGUGCAAGGUAAACAGUACAAAGUAGUGAUAAUUAGCACUGUACAUACACCUUCAAGUCUCUGUAAUGAAGCAGAAUACACAAACUUUCUGAAUAAUAAACUUUUACUAAAUACUGCAAUGUCAAGAGCUAAAUAUGUUGUAAUUGCUGUUGGAGAUCCAGUUACUCUAUGCAUCUCAGGAGAAUGCAAAUAUAUUUGGCAACAUUUUAUUCAAAAUUGUUCUGAACUGAAUACCCUCUAUCCUGCUGACUAUACAUAUGAUGUAAUUCAUUCAAAGAUAAUUUCAGCACUAAAUAACAUUUCACAAGAAGAAUAUACUACAGAAACAUAUGAUGAUGAAAUGGAAGCAGAUCCUAAUAUAAAUGAUUGCAUAAAACAUCAUGAAUUUCCCCAAGAAUGUUUUCCAUUAUUAUACACUGAAAGUUCUGAUAAUUUGAAGCGCCCAAUCAUUGAUGCUAUUUGUCAAGAAGCUCUUUGUACUGCUUUAGCAACUCCACUUGUUAUGUUUGUUGAUGUUAACAUCAAGUGGGAUCAAAAUCAAGGCUAUGGAGAAUUCUGCAUAAAGUCUUCCAUUUUGAAAGCUAAGAAUAUAGAAUUACAUUCAAUACAAAGCAUGACUAAUAUUCCAGAUUGGUUUUGCAUCAAAUACAAAGGUCAUCAAGCCUCUAAGUCGGAUAUAUCUAAAACUUCAGACACUGCAACUUAUUUCGUUCAUGUUUGGAUCUUGGAAGUGAAAAAUGAAUAUGACAAUCUAGUAGUGAAGAUAAGAGUUAUAGACUCUGAAGUUGAUACAUUGAAUGAGAUAACUGAUGAUCUUAGCUGCAGUAUGUGGCUAAUAUCAUUUGAUAAUUUUUACAGGUUUUUGAUAAGCUCAUUGAUAGCCAUGGAUACCAUAUCACCAUUCAUUAAAAUUUAUGUAAAUGAAUUUCAUAAAAUACCAAACAAAUUAGUUGAGCAAAUCUUUCCUGAGCAAAUUGAAAAAUAUGAAUAUCCAACAAAUGGUGUUCGCAUUAGCGAAUUGGUAAAAUGGUUAUCUUUAGCCAGUAAUGAUGACAGAAUGAAAACUGAAAAAUAUCAAAUUAUUGUUUGUUCUAAGGAAGACUCUACACUAGAUGCAAUAGCAAAUCAAUUGAAAAUUCAGCAGAUAUUAAAAAACUGUAUCAUGAGAGUAGCAGAUGAAAAAACAGAAGACAACUAUUUUGAAAAAUACUGGCAAUUAAAUGUUACAAUCAAUUCACAAGAUGAUCUCACAUAUCUUCAUGAACAUCUAUUGUGGAAGAAUAGUUUGUUUCAAAAUUACAUGGCGACUGUGAAAGAGCUAAAAGCUACUGGAAUUGAUGUAUCAUUGGAAACAAAUAAGUUCAAAGAAAAUAUAUUGGCAAAUUCCCAUAUAAUUUUUUGCAACAUUGUGACAACAAUCCGAAUGUUAUUCAAGAAAUUAAACAAAAAGAAAAUGAUUGUUAUAGCUGAUGCUGCCAAUCAUACUGAAAUGCCAGUUGUACUACCACUAUUACUGAAUAACAUCCAGGGUGUUUUUCUGUUUACUACACCAUGAUGAAUUCAUUUUAUUCAAAAUGAUAUAUAAUUUUGCUUCUUAAUUCAAUUUUCUAUAAGUUUUCUUGAAUAUAUUUUCCUUUCUAAAAAACAACAUGAACUGAUUAAAUAAUUAUCUCUAAAAAGACCAAACUGAUGUAUCUAUUAUAAAAGAUGUUAGUCUUCUGGAAUUAGUAUUCAAAUAUUAAUAUUAUUUUUAUGUUUUGAAAAACUCUUCAAUUUUAUUAUACAUUUGUAGAAUGAGUAAUAUCAUUAGUGGUAAAGGAAAUAUUCUAAAUGUAAAAUAUUUUUAAAAACUGAAUUUUACCCCUAUUUUAAAACAAAACGUUUGUAACAAAAUUUCAAUCUAUUCUCAAAAUAUUCACUGGUGUUUGAAAAUUUUUCAAAAUUUUAAAAUAUUAAUCAAUGGAAAUAAAAUUUUUAAAUAUUCAUUUCUUUCCAUAUCUACCCAUACUCGGUGCAAAAGUUCAAGCAUCUCUAUGAAUUUUUGAGAUAAGUUUUAUACUCUCAGUCAAAUAAGUACUUAUUUUCUGAAUAGUGAAGUAAUGUGGAAGAGAGAGACCCAAGAGGAUAUGGGAUGAAGUACUGAAAGCUGAUCUCAAAAUACUGAACCUUGUGAAGGAGAUGGCAAAAGACCAAGAUAUGUGGCACAUUGCUGUACUCAAGAAAACCUGCCCACCACAACAGAAUUGAGAUCUUAAGACCAAGGUGCGAUGUAAAAAGCACCCAGUACUCUCUGUAAAGUGGUUAGCAUUAGGAAGGGCAGGCAUCCAGCCACAGAAACCAAGUCAAAACAGACUUAUAUAAUCUGGUGCAGCCCUUGGCCUUGCCAGUUCCUGUUAAGCUGUCCAACCCAUGCCAGCAUGGAAAAUGGAUGUUAGAUGAUGAUGAAUGUAUUGCAUUCAAUGACUAUAAAAUAGAUUAAACUCAUAAUUUUAUACUGUCAAAUUUUAAACAUAUUUACCUCUUACCUACUUUGCGACUAUACUACAUUUUAAAAACAACAAUGAAUAUUUUCUUUAAAAAGAAUACAAUAAACUUUAUCGAAAAAUUUAUUUACACAUAUAUUUACAAUAUCCUCAAAUAAAUUUUGUCCAUCAUAUAGAAAAGACGUGAGCAAAAGCAACGUUAUGCUGCUUGUCCCAUUUGUCGUCGUAACAAAAUGACCAGCCCUAGUAAAACAGCAAGAAAUGUUAUUACAUAAAGAUCCCAGUCUGGGCCUAAAUACAAUUGAGGAUUUAGUUUUUUUAGAAAAUCCUUGUAGAAUUCCAUCUGCAAUGAGAAAGAAAGAAACUUUUAAGAAGGAUAAGAUAAAUUACAUUCUGUUAUUGUAUAUUAAAGAGAUUAGCAUGUCAAAGUAUCAAA